CUGCACGACUCACAGACCAGCAGCUCUGCUGUCGCUUUAAGACCCGUUUCCCCUCAUUGUGAAGCGCUGAAACAGGAAGAGAGAAGCGAAAGCAAAGCCCGAAGGGCCCCAAUGUAUUUAAACGCGCUGCUGCUGCAGCUGCUGGCCACUCGGACACGCACUACUUCCUCCCCGCAGAACCCUCCUUAUCGAACCGCACUGGCGCGGUUCUUCUAGUCGCUGUGGGACCUGCAAGGCAUGGAAGUGUUGCUGCCUCAGGAAAUGAUGACAGCGUCCUCCUCCAUCGGCGUCUAGCUGAUUAGAGAGGGAGCUGUUCUUGUUCUGCAUCUGUUGGAAACAAGGGAGCUGCUUCUUGAGUUCGCUUUUUAUUUCCAGCGAUCUGAAAGUGGUUUUUACCAGGGGUGCAGGUGCAGCGCGCCUUCCAGUAUCCAGAUCAGGCUCGAGAAUGACUUCUACCAUAGAGAGGAAAACACUGGAAGCAAACGAGGAGCCUGUUGACGAGGUCCUCCAGAUGCCACCAGCCCUGCUGACCUGUGGUGGGUGUCAGCAGAGCAUUGGUGACAGAUUCUUCCUAAAGGCAAUCGAGCAGUACUGGCAUGAGGACUGCCUGAGCUGUGAUCUGUGUGGCUGCCGGCUGGGUGAGGUGGGCCGUCGGCUCUACUACAAACUGGGUAGAAAGCUGUGUCGACGGGAUUAUCUCAGGCUCUUUGGCCAGGACGGUCUCUGUGCUUCCUGUGAGAAGAGGAUCCGGGCCUUUGAGAUGACGAUGCGUGUGCGGGACAAGGUGUACCACCUGGAGUGCUUCAAAUGUGCUGCUUGCCAGAAGCACUUCUGUGUGGGCGAUCGCUACCUCCUCCUCAACUCGGACAUCGUGUGCGAGCAGGACAUCUUUGAGUGGACCAAGCUGAACAACAGCAGCAUGGGUUAGAGGUGGCUUUGAGAGGAACGGACCACUGACGAGCGGCUAGAGGCCCACAGAGGCUUAAUGUGAAAGUGGAACUGGAAAGAAGCCAGAUUUUAUCAUUACCUGUAUGCUGCAGAUCGGUGAAGACACAAAGGUUUUCUUCCAAAUCUUUACUCCUAACAGCAAGAACAAACUGAACAUAGAACUGUUCAAACAUGCUUCUGUAGUCAUUUGUUUUAGACUGCAGUUUAUGAACUUUGCCAAUAAACAAACGAGCUCUUUGUUUCUUCUGCUGCAAACCUCCACAUUGAUCUGCAGUUCCCACUAAGAAAACAUUUCUUUAGAUUUUGCAUUUUAAAAACAAACUGUGUCCAUAGGAAAAGCUCCGGUCAACUCUGGACUACUGAUCCACUGAUUAUGCACAAUUCUUAAUUAUUUUUCAGGUGGACAUAUCAUUAAAGUUUUGCUGCACUGAAUGAUUGUUCACAAAUGACAUUACUAGAGCUUAUUUUAACGUAAUCCAGUGUUAUCUUUAAAUGUACAGUCUAUGCUUUAAACGCUGACAAAGUUUUGUUACCAGGUAGAACUGUGGCGCCCUCUGGUGGUGGAGGGGACAAAUGCAAUACCGAGAAUCCUGAUGUCCGCUUUCCACUGAGACUUUUGUAACUUUCAUAGCUCUAUCCUUUGGGAUAUCUGCUGAUCAAUAUGUUUAAUAAAAGACAAUUUA